AUCUCUUAUCUUUGUUUAGUAUUGAGUUGGCUCAUCUAUUGCAAUUCGCAUUGCAAUUAAGUGGAAUUUGGUGAAAUUUAUUAGCAAUUGCAUUAUAAUUUAAAGAAAUAAAAUUCAAAGUGGAUUUGGAAGCGGAAGAAGUCAAAAUGAUGGAGGAAAUGAUGGAGACGAUUGUACCUCAGGAAGAUUUUGAUCGUAAUGAGCAAAAAUAUCUUCGAGAAUUGGAAUUGGAUGGACGUGCAAGUGUAGAAGCAAAAUUUGGUUAUGCACUUUGUUUGGUCAGAUGUGCGCACAAACAAGAUAUCGCUAAGGGCAUUGAAUUGUUGGAAGAAUUAAUGGAACAGCAUUCCGAAGGAAGGCGUGAUUAUCUUUAUUAUUUGGCACUGGGAGAAGCGCGUAUGAAAAAUUACGACCGUGCACUUCAAUAUUGUAAAGCUUUCCUGGAAAUAGAGGAAAAUCCUCAAGUUCGCUCAUUAGAGGAGUGCAUUCAAAAGCGAUACGACAAAGAUUUGAAGAAAGGCAUGGCUGUAGCUGGAGGAGCAGUUCUUGUGUUAGGCGGUAUUUUGGGUCUAGGCAUAGCGCUUGCCAAAAAGUAAUGCUUACACAAACAAUAAAAACAGGCGUGAUAAAUAAAGAACUAGCGAGCGGAAAAUACCAGUCAGCUGAAAAGAGUAACUGAAGCCAAAUCUUGUUGAAACUUACUGUAUAUUUAAUACAAUGGGUAGAUGUGGAUUUAAUUCUGGAUCUGAUUUUAAAAUAUCGUAGAGUAGUAAAGAGUUCUACACAACACAAUAACGAGAGCAUUAAUCACAAAUGAAUGUUCUAUUUAAAAGUUUUCGACAAUGAUGCUUGUGUCAAUCACAACCACUCAGUCUUCUAUCAUAUCGAUUGUCUUCGUCACAUCAACAAAAAUAUUUCAUUUAAGAUUACCGGUUUUAAAUUAUCUGUUGAAGUAUAGAAUUUUUCUACAAUUGGAUUCAAUAUGUACAUAUAUAAAUCAGUAGAGCUAAGUAUAUGAACAUACAUACCUCCUAAUUGAUUAUCAGAAGAUAGUAGUUUAUAAUGCUAUUAUUCAAAAAUUAUAAAAGACAGAAAUUAGAACUUGAGAAAUGGAAUUCAUAUAUAC